UUACGUGCAAUUUUCGGAAAAUACACUUGCGGUUUUUGCUCGCGAUUGUUUUUGACGUUUAUCAUUGUUCGUUGUUUUAAAGAAAAAAAUAUAACCGAUUAAAAAGUAUCGGAACUCACGUCACUUUCGAUUCUGUUAAUUUUGCAGGCAUCGAUGAUGCAUCAUAAUGUAGCGCAUGGCUGUCGCGCUCCGAAACUGUCUCGUGCCUUCAAAUCGCCGUCCAUAUCGUGACAAUAAAUCGUCCUCUCUUUGAGAUUAUUUUUUUAAAUUUUUCGAAAUCUUGUUAUUCCCGUUUUUUCACUCAGAAGCAAAUUAUGUUCGUCGGCAUCCGCGCGAUGAAUGUACUUAAACGAGCUUAUUUUCCCUCCGUGUCUAUUAUCGAUCUAGCCACGAGAUUGCCUUACCGAGAUCCAAGAUCACGUUCGGGUCUCUUUUCGAAAGUCUCUUUUUUUAUUUUUCUCGAUCGUGAGUUUGAACGAGAAUCAGCUCCGUCCCUUCCUUGUGCCUUUUCCCGAUUCACUACUCCUAUUAUUGUGAUUGGGGCGAACGUUCGUGAUCCCUCGAAGAACACGAAGAUCCAGCAGCCAAGGAGGACCGACUUCGUAAUCUCUUCGCAGAUAUAGAAGUCUUUCUCUCUUUCUCUCUCUUCCUCUCUCUCUCUAUCUCUCCCUCUAUUUCUCUCUCUCUAUCUCUCUCUAUCUCUAUCUCUGUGCUGUUUUGCUUGAAAUCCGCGCUGAACGUCCACGAGCGCAACGAAUCCGUCCGAGCAAGAGAGAAUCCUACGAGCGCGAUCGAGUGACACCAUGAUGACACUAGCGCGUCAAGUGAUUCUGGAGGUUUUCGCGCACGUAGAAGAUCACCUCAGGCAAUCGCAAUGGCCACGCUAUCCUUGCGCAUCUCUAUACCGGAAAAGAAUGCCACCAAGAUGAUGCAGUUUGAUCCCAGCACAUCGGUAUACGAUGCCUGUCGCAUUAUCAGAGAAAAACUCGCUGAAGCCAGCAACAUGGGUCAACCAAAAGACUAUGGUCUAUUCCUCGCUGAUGAGGAUAUAAAGAAGGGAGUUUGGCUCGAACCCGGGCGAAACCUCGAUUAUUACAUCCUGAGAAACGGAGAUCUACUCGAAUACCGUCGAAAGCUCCGUACUCUCCGAGUUCGCAUGUUGGACGGAACGCUGAAGACCAUGUUGGUGGACGACAGUCAACCUGUGGCAAAUCUCAUGGUAGUAAUAUGUACGAAGAUAGGCAUCACGAAUCAUGACGAGUAUUCUUUGGUGCGCGAAUUAGUGGACGAGGAAAAUGAUAAUCAGAAACCCGGAAAUUUCGGCACUCUUACAUUGAAGCGAAAGAAGGAAGAGAAGGGCGAAAGAGACGCCAAGAUGGAACAAUUGAGGAAGAAGUUAAAAACUGAUGAUGAAGUUAAUUGGAUAGAUCCAAGUAAGACUCUACGCGAACAAGGUAUAGAUGAAUCCGAAACCGUUUUAUUAAGGAGGAAAUUUUUCUUUUCGGAUCAAAACAUCGACAGUCGCGAUCCUGUACAAUUGUCGCUAUUGUACGUGCAAGCACGAGAUGCGAUUCUAGACGGUACACAUCCGAUUACGCAGGAAAAGGCUUGUGUUUUUGCUGGGAUCCAAUGUCAAAUCCAGUUUGGCGAUCAUAAAGAGGAGAAACAUAAGCCAGGUUUUUUAGAUCUUAAAGAAUUCUUGCCGCAAUCGUAUGUGAAAGUCAAGGGAAUAGAAAAGAAGAUCUACGCGGAGCAUAAGAAACACAUCGGGCUGUCAGAGCUGGACGCCAAAGUCCUAUAUACCAAGACCGCCAGGUCGUUGAACACAUACGGUGUCACGUUCUUUUUGGUAAAGGAGAAGAUGAAGGGCAAGAACAAGCUGGUACCGCGUUUGCUCGGCGUGACAAAGGACUCAGUCCUGCGACUCGACGAGAAAACGAAGGAAAUUCUAAAAACGUGGCCGUUGACGACUGUGCGACGAUGGGGUGCUUCACCGAACACUUUUACUCUGGACUUUGGCGACUACUCUGACCAAUAUUACAGUGUGCAGACUACCGAAGCGGAGCAGAUACUUCAAUUGAUUUCCGGUUAUAUCGACAUCAUAUUGAAAAAGCAAAAAGCAAAGGAUCACUUUGGUAUCGAGGGAGACGAGGGAUCUACUAUGGUAGAGGACAGUGUAUCGCCUCUAAAGGCUACCAUCAUGCAACACGAGACUAGCAAUGUCGGUAAAGGAAAUGUAGAAGCCGUCUCGGUUGCCAUACCAGCUGUCAUGAGGGCCGGAGGAGAUGGGGCCCGACCAUACGGGACUGGUCACAUAGGUGGUGCCCAAUACACGACCGUCAGCGGACAGGUGAACAUCGCUCAUGCCCCACCUAUGGUUCAGCAAACUAAAGUGACAUCCGUCCUAUCCGAACCGCAACGUGCCUUAUUGUCGACUAUCACCGCUGGUCAUGAGGUGAUCCACAUCGCCGAGAUGGAACUGUCUACGAAGGCUCAGCUGCCCGAACUAGGAACAGAUCCAGCAUCCUUGAAAUGGAUUGAACAAACAAUCGAUACCCACAAACAAAAUGUAGGCUCGCAGAUCGCGGCGAUGAACGCCGCGACCGCACAGGUGGUUACGUUGACUUCGGGACCAGCGGAUGAUGUCGAUCAUACCGCGGUGGGAGCCGCGAUUACUACAAUUGCUACGAAUCUACCGGAGAUGACGAAGGGCGUGCGAAUGAUAGCUGCUCUCAUGGAGGAUGACUCGUCUGGCGAGCGAUUAUUGGAUGCUGCUAGAAAACUUUGUUCAGCGUUCUCGGACUUGUUGAAGGCCACAGAGCCAGAGACCAAAGAGCCUUUCUACAUAACAACAACCUACGAACAAUAUCCACGACAGAAUCUCUUAAAUGCGGCGUCACGAGUGGGCGAGGCGUCACAUCAAGUAUUGACAACCAUUGGCGAAGAGGAUGACUCGAAUCGUGAGCUGCAAGAUAUGUUACUUGCGCUUGCCAAGGCCGUCGCCAAUACAACCGCUGCUUUAGUGCUGAAGGCAAAGAACAUAGCAGCUACAUGCGAAGACUCAGCUACACAAAAUAGGGUAAUAUCGGCCGCGACACAAUGCGCAUUGGCUACAUCGCAGCUCGUAGCCUGCGCCAAAGUGGUGGCGCCGACUUUACACUCGCCCGCCUGUCAAACACAACUGAUGAAUGCUGUGCGUGAAGUGACUAAAGCUGUAGAGCGUCUGGUUCAAGUCUGCAACGAGACAUGCGGCGACGAGAAUCUGCUGAAAGAAUUGAGUAUCGCUGCCAGCGAAGUCAGCCGCACUUUGAAUGAUCUUCUCAAUCAUAUCAAAACUGCGACUAGGGGAGAACGCGCUAAGGAAUCUAUUCAGGAAGGCGCGGUGGAAACCAUUUUAAUUGCGACAGACAAACUGUUCGCCAGUACCGGUGAUGCUGGUGAGAUGGUGCGACAAGCACGAGUAGUUGGUCAAGCUACUGCGCAGUUGAUUCAGAGUAUUAAAGGUGAAGCGGAGAGACAGACGGAUUCAGAGCAACAGCAACGGCUUCUGGCAGCAGCAAAACUGCUCGCUGACGCCACAGCCAAGAUGGUGGAAGCGGCACGGCAGUGCGCCAGUAGCCCGCAUGAUGCAAGAAUGCAGGAUCAACUUCGCCAGGCAGCUGAGGAAUUACGAGUUGCGACUACUGCAGCAGCGACUCCAGCAUUACGCAGAAAACUCAUUACACGCUUGGAGGCGUGCGCUAAACAAGCCGCGUCUACAGCCACGCAAUGCAUCGCGGCAUCUUCCGGUGUCGGACAUCACAACACGAAUCCGACUAGUCAGGAGGAACUUAACAUGGAGUGCCGUACAAUAGCUCAACAUAUCCCUUAUUUGGUAUCGGGAGUAAAAGGCACACAAGCACAACCAGACAAUCCUACGGCGCAACUAAACUUGAUAAACGCUUCUGAGCAGUUCCUACAACCGGGUACUGCCGUGGUAAAGGCAGCUAGGGCCGUUUUACCAACUGUUACAGAUCAGGCGUCUGCUAUGCAGCUAAACAAUACUUCGCAGCAGUUAGGAUCUUCAUUAGCGGAUCUAAGAUCAGCGGUGACGCGCGCUAGAGAAACCUGCGGUGGAUUAGAGCUUGACGCUGCGGAGGAAUUGAUAAAUAGUUUGAAAGACGAACUGGGCGAAUUCUAUCGCGCCGUCGAGGCUGCCUCAUUGAGGCCACUACCGGAAGAGACAACGGAAUCUACUGCUUUGCGACUUGGCGCCACAUCAAAGAAUGUUGGAUUUGCUAUGGCACAGUUAUUGUCCGCCGCCAAACAAGGUAACGAGAACUACACCGGAAGUGCUGCUAGAGAAACUGCGUCGGCUUUGAAAGACCUUACUUAUGCCGUGCGCGGUGUAGCCGCUACAUCUAAUCAGCCGGAAACGCAGAAGAAAGUAUUGAUGACCGCCGAUGAUGUGAUUCUGCGAUCAUUGUACUUGGUUAAGGAAGCGCGACGUGUACUGAAAAAUCCUGACGAUCCUGAGAAUGAGGCCAACUUAGCCGCAGUCGCCAAAGACGUCUCUAAUUCGUUGAAUAAAUGUGUAUCCUGUUUGCCCGGACAGAGAGACGUAGACGAAGCGAUACGCAACAUUGAUGAUAUGGCACAAGUGCUCAAUAUGAACGAGUUUCCACAAACGAGCAAGAGUUAUGGACAAUUACAGAGCGACCUCAAUAAUGCAGCCGCCAAUUUGAAUGACGCAUCCUCGAAUAUAGUGUCAUCCGUGCGUUCACCCGUGCAGCUCGCAAACUCGUCGAAGCAAUUUACUAAUGCUUUCGGCGAUCUAUUGGGCGUUGGCAUGGAGAUGGCGGGUCAAACAAUGAUCGAAACCCGUAGUCAAGUGGUGGUGUCGCUGAAAAAUGUCACUAUGACAUCCGGCAAGCUCCUUGUAACUGCCAAAUCAGUCGCAGCCGAUCCCACUGCGCCAAACGCGAAGAAUCAGCUUUCAGCAGCGGCACGCGCGGUCACCGACUCCAUCAACUAUUUAGUAGACGUGUGCACUUCGGCGGCACCCGGACAGAAUGAAUGCGACAACGCUAUCAGGAAUAUUCAGUCUAUGCGGUCUCUACUGGACAAUCCGAGCGAGCCUAUUUCUGAUGCAUCGUACUUUGAAUGUUUGGAAACUGUCAUGGAGAAGAGCAAGAGCCUCGGUGAUGGUAUGACUGGCAUUGCAAAUUAUGCGAAAAAAUCGGAGCACGAGAAUUUCUCUGUAGCGGUCCGCGGAGUUUCCUCUUCAAUCUGUGGCUUGAUCGAAGCCGCGGCUCAAGCUGCUUACCUUGCAGGAGUAAGCGAUUCUACAUCAGUAGCAGGUAAACCGGGUCUAGUGGAUCAAGCGCAAUUCCUAAGAGCAGCGCAGGCCAUACACAGCGGCUGCCAAAGUCUUGGCAAUCCGACCACUACACAAGAGCAAGUGCUUUCAGCCGCUACCAUAAUUGCUAAGCAUACUAGUGCUCUUUGUAAUGCUUGUAGACUCGCUUCCAGCAAGACCAGCAAUCCGGUAGCUAAACGGCACUUUGUUCAAUCCGCCAAGGACGUCGCCAAUUCAACGGCGUGCCUUGUUAAAGAGAUUAAAGCGCUCGAUAAGAAUUAUUCUGAUGUCAAUCGCGAGAAAUGUGCGGAAGCCACGAAACCGUUACUCGAAGCAGUCGACAAUCUCUGCACAUUUGCGAGUUCUCCCGAGUUUGCGAGCCAACCGGCUAAGAUAUCUAUCGCGGCUAGAGUUGCCCAAGAACCGAUCACUAGCGCUGGCAAAUCCAUUAUUGAUGGUUCGUGCGCCAUGGUACAGGCUGCCAAGAGUCUCGCAGUUAGCCCGAAGGAUCCGCCGACUUGGCAGUUAUUGGCUAAUCACAGCAAAAGUGUCAGUGACUCGAUAAAAUCGUUAGUGGCAUCAAUCCGCGACAAGGCACCCGGUCAGAAAGAGUGCGAUGCGGCGAUAGAAAAGCUAUCAGCACGCAUACGUGAACUUGAUGCUGCUUCGUUAAGUGCAGUAUCGCAGGCACUGAUACCACGCCGUGAGAACACUGUACAGGGAUUCACCGAUCAAAUGGAGAGCAGCGCGAGUGAACUGCGCGAGAAGCUGGAACCCUUGCGCACUGCAGCCAAGUAUGAGGCGGAAAACGUCGGUCAUGCCGUCAAUCAGAUCGCUCUUUAUUCGGAGCCGCUCGUCUCUGGUGCAAUUGGCGCCGCGUCCAACAUGGUGCAUUCGAAGCAGCAAAUGGUGCUACUGGAUCAGACGAAAACUGUGGCCGAGUCAGCAUUGCAAUUGAUCUACGUUACGAAGGAGUCCGCUGGUAAUCCAAAGGCCAUUGCACUGCAUUCCGAGGUGGAUGAAACUGUCGAAUCUACUAAAGACGCGCUUCAAGAAUUACAAAAUACUCUCGAAACUAUAUCUACGUCCGCGGGCAUCGUCACCGGCCUGAUCGAUACGAUUUCCCGCGCGAUGGUUAGACUAGAGGAUCAUCGAAUGUCUACUAUCGACACUGUGGAUUCUUAUGUGGAUUAUCAAACAAGAAUGGUCGAAGCUGCUAAAGAGAUUGCUCGCUUGGCGCAAGAAAUGUCGACCAAAUCUAGUACCGAUGUAGCCAGAUUAGGUCCCUUAGCAGUCGACAUAUCGCACAAAUACACUCAGCUUGCUCGCGACACUUCUGGAGCGUCCGCGGCCGCAUCCAAUGCUGAUGUGUCCGCUAAACUUCGUACCGGUGUCCAAGAACUUGGCCGGGCGUGCGCAGACAUCGUCCGCACUGCUGGCACCUGUCAGAUGUCACCCGGUGAUGCUUAUGCUCAGCGGGAGAUUGCGGAACACAGCAAAAUCGUAACUGAAAAAGUGUCGCAGGUAUUGGCUGCUUUACAGGCGGGUUCACGCGGCACUCAGGCAUGUAUCAAUGCUGCCAGCACUGUUUCUGGCAUUAUUGGUGAUUUGGACACCACCAUCAUGUUCGCCACUGCUGGCACUUUGCAUGCUGAGAACGAGAACGACACAUUUGCCGAUCAUCGCGAAAAUAUACUACAGACCGCCAAGGCACUAGUAGAAGAUACAAAGACGUUAGUCGCUGGAGCAGCAUCCUCUCAAGAACAAUUAGCAGUUGCAGCGCAGAAUGCGGUAUCGACCAUCGUUCAGCUCGCCGAAGUUGUCAAAUACGGAGCGGCUAGUCUGGGCAGUCAGAAUCCGGAGGCCCAAGUAAUGUUGAUUAAUGCCGUGAAAGAUGUCGCUUCUGCACUUGGUGAUCUUAUACAUGCUACUAAAGCUGCCAGUGGCAAGCCCAUCAACGAUCCUAGUAUGGCGCAUCUUAAAGAUUCCGCUAAGGUAAUGGUGACCAACGUGACGUCGUUGCUGAAGACAGUUAAAGCCGUGGAGGAUGAGCACACGCGUGGUACCAGAGCAUUGGAAUCUACGAUCGAGGCUAUAGCACAGGAGAUUCGAGCACUCAGCAGCUCAGAAAUUCAGAAGAGUAACGUGACCCCAGAGGAUCUUGUACGCUGUACGAAGAGCAUCACUCUAUCGACGGCGAAAGCGGUCUCCGCUGGAAACAGCUGCAAGCAGGACGACAUAAUUGCUGCCGCCAACAUGGGAAGAAAGUCUAUCAGUGAUAUGUUGACGAUCUGCAAGAGUGCAGCCUACAAUUGUGCCGAAACCGCCGAGUUGCGCGAUCGUACUCUUCAAGCGGGUCAUGAUGUCGCUAUCAAUUAUCGGGAAUUACUUCAAGCUAUUCUGCAAAUAUCAUCCAGAUCGGGCGACGCCAAACAUACUUUACCAGCAAUUUCUCGCAAGAUUGCACAGAGUGUGACGGAGCUGGUGGCAGUGGCGGAGCUAUUGAAAGGCAACGACUGGGUCGAUCCUGACGACCCUACGGUGAUUGCAGAGAACGAAUUGCUCGGUGCGGCCGCCAGUAUUGACGCAGCCGCCAAGAAAUUGGCUAGUCUGAGACCGAGGAGAAGCAUUCAGGAAACUAACGAAGACAUGAAUUUUGAUGAGAUGAUUCUGGAAGCCGCCAAAUCGAUUGCUGCUGCGACUUCAGCUUUAAUAAAAGCUGCUAGUGCCGCUCAACGGGAGCUCAUCGCGACUGGCAAAGUGUCACGUACGCCGUUGACCAGCUCCGACGAUGGUCAGUGGUCCGAAGGUCUCAUUUCGGCUGCUCGAAUGGUGGCAGCUGCUACUCAUAGUCUCGUGGAAUCCGCGAACGCUCUCGUUCAAGGCGUAAGUUCCGAAGAGAAGUUGAUCUCCAGCGCUAAGCAGGUUGCCAGCAGCACGGCGCAACUGUUGGUCGCUUGCAAGGUCAAAGCCGACCCUGACAGCGAGAGCACGAAGCGCCUACAGGCGGCCGGAAACGCCGUGAAACGUGCUACCGAUAAUCUCGUUCGUGCUGCGCAACAGGCUAUUCAGCAGGAGGAGGACAGAUCGUUGGUCCUGAACCGCCGUAUGGUGGGCGGUAUCGCGCAAGAGAUCGACGCACGCUCGGAGGUGUUACGAAUUGAGCGCGAGCUGGAGGAAGCACGAGGCAGACUUACCGCUAUUCGUCUAGCCAAAUAUAAGAACCGGUCGGAUCUGACCGAUGGUGACGGUGACAUAGCGGCAGAGCAGAGCGGCUAUCAAAGCUAUACCACCCGAUAUGAGACAAGGGCAUAUGAACCGCAAACUACACCCUCGCCUAUUCAAACGAUGAAUCACACUUUAGACCAGCUUCAAUCUACCACGCAACACAUUAGUCAUCAAUUCGGUGAUCGGCAGAAUCUGAUCAGCCCAGAGAAGGUACAUUCGACACAAAGCACGCUCGAGAGGAAGAUGAAGGACAGUCAAUAUCACCGAUCCAUCAUGGAUAAUCAGUACGGAUCCUUGGACAGAAAGUAUACUAUCGACAGUCAUCAAGAGAGGAGUCCGUACGUCGUUACUGAAAGGAAGAUUAUAACAGACAAUUCUCCCGGUCAGUAUAGUUCGAUCGAACGGAGGAUCAAUCAGGAAAGUUACAUCGCCGAAAAGAGACACGCAGACGGGAUCGCUUCGUAUGUGCCGCCACCGCCGCCUCAACACAUCUCGUAUUCGCCGAAACCUCCUUCGACCAUCCCCAAAAUGAUUCAAGAGCAAACUCCCAGUGAUCCAAAGUCUUUGCAAGAUCAGCAGAAAUAUCCGAUCGAUCGGUUUUCUAGCAUUAGCCCGAUGAGUACGUUCCGUUCCGAGAAGCAAGUGGACACUCAGCGAUUCGGUAGCAGUGUUCCGCAGCAUCAAACCUUCAAGAAUAUUGAAAGCAAGGUCAUCCCUGGCGGGAGAAUCGAAACUAUCACAACGAAGACGUACACAUCUACGCCUGGCAAGAGCAGCAGCUCCAACUAUGAGGCUGCAGAAGAGAUCAAAGAGUAUAAAACAUCUGGCAACGAUCUAUCAACGUUCAAAAGUUUCGACAAUGAUUCCGUCGAAGAACGCACGAUAAAGCAAUCGAUGCACAAAGUCACGGAGAAGAAAACCGUCACUAUGACGAUGUCGAGUCGGCAAGAAUCCAACACGAAGACCUUCCGUUAUGAGGAUAAGCAGUGAAAUCGAAAAUAAUAAGACGAAGUCCGCUCGCGUGGUAAUCGUCUAGAAAUAAUUUUAAGAAAAAUGACCCGUCUAAUUCGUAUGGCUUAAAAGAAUGCACUAUAGAAACGUGAUAAGAUAUAGCGCAAAUUUGUUUUAACAAAAUAGUCUGUCAAUUAAAAUCAAUAGUAUAUCCAGCUUUUUUACCGAUAUCAGAAUGAGAAAAAUUCGACAGUGAUAUUUGAUGUAUUUCACAGGAAUAAUGUUCAAUCUUGCUGAUAUUGUGCGUACAUACAAUUUAUCGUUUCGAUGCAAAAAACGAAGAGAAACGACAAAUUAUUUAUACGUAGAAAUGAAUAUAGAAAGUGCCCUUAGAUAAAUAUAACAGUCGUGCUUUCGAUCUGUAGCCUUACAAACUACGAUAGCUGUAUACAAACAAUGAUUUUACGAUGACGAAUAUUGAGAUUGCACGUAAUAUUACAUAUUUCGGAAAUAUACGAGAAUAAUUAGCUGUUCGCCUCUGUAUUCGCGCAGUAAGAUUUUUUUCGCUUACCAUACUUCUCGAAGAUAUUUAAACAUAUGAUAAUCACGCUUGGUUUAAUGUAGACUUUAAUUUUAUGUUUACUCAUUUACGGGUUAAGAAAACCACGAAUUAACAAGAGAAGCAACAUAUCAUUUUAAUUUUAUUAAUUUUUUCGAUGCCGCGCGGCGCCAAUAUCGGCCCGGCGAAGCACUGCUACUAUUAACACUUUCCGCUUUCUCGAUUAACCCUUUUUUUCCCCUUUCCAUUCUGGCGUCUCUAUUUAUUCCGAAUAUCUACUGUUGUCGCAACACUUUUUUUCUAUCUAUUUCAAUCCGACUCUUAUUACAGUUUCUUCUAGUGUGCGAUCUACGUGCCUGUAGGCGGUGGCUCGUUUUCGAUGAAUUUAUUAACAUAAUAAAGCUCAUAUUCGCGCGAGUCUAAUUAGACUUCCGUGAGUGAUCGAUUAGUGCAAUUGUUAGUCUCCUUUUUUGCGAAUAGACAAAUGUUAUUAUUAUAUAAAUAUUCGUAGUAUAUACGAAAGUCGGGAAAUCUCUGCGAUGUCUAAAGCUAAAGGUUCCAACAAGAAAAGUGCCUAAUAAUAAGUUCAAUGAGCUGCCGCUUCCUUUCUUAACGUAACGAUCCUAUAGGAGGUUUCUAAUAUUACCAAAAAAUCGAAUGCUUUAUUAAUAUGUUUAUAAUGGGACAUAGAUAUACCGAGAGCAAAUGGCUGACAUCAAAGCUCUUCUUCCAAAGCGAUACGCGUGUGCGUUUUCUUUUUUUUUUCUAUCGUUGUGUACCUUUUAAGAACAUCAAUUGCGAGUUUGUUUUUAAAUUCGCACAAACCGAUAUUUCAAUAAUAGCGAAACACUUGACAUUCUGUUAAUUAGUCUUGUCAGUUCUGCGUCUACAUUGUCAUUGUAUUAUAAAGCGAAAUAUGGAAGAAUCAUCAAUCUUUUUAUUGGAUAAUUGUCGGAUUUAGGCGAAAAUUGUGAGAUUAGAGACGCGCAAAGAAAUCGAAUAUUAAUAACGCGAUCGGUUUGUGCGGAUUUUUGUAUCUGAAGGAAUGUGCCAUGAUAUAUUAUGAAUGUACUGAACGAUAAUGUGAAUUAUAUAGGGUGAAUCAAAAUUCGCAGAUGCGAAAUGCACGCAUAAUUGUUUAUAUCAAAACGAACAACUUUUUUCUCUGGAAAAAUUGCUGAACAUUACUUUUACAUUUAAAUUAACGAAUAAACGCUUUAGAUUACGCUUGAAUUAGGGCACACACGGCAUAUGUGGUAUUUAAGCGUGUAUUUGACGCUAUUUUACUAGAAAUCUAAAUAUCAUGCAUAAUUCUUGUAAAACUUUUAGCGAAUUAAUAAAAUAGCAUACAUGCUCAAAUACCACAUAUAUCGUAUGCAUGCCGCUCAUGAUUCAAGCGUAAUCUAAAGCGUUUCUUCGGUUAGUUGCUCUCAUUUAAGGAUGCUUUGUAUGUACAAUCUCAGCAAAAAGUAGCUGAAAAUCAAUAUUGACGAAUAUAUCCACUUUUGAUGUAUUUUCAGUAUAAAAAAUUGCGUGGAAUAUUAUAAUUUGAUCUUAGCUAUAGUGCAGAGA